AUGGCCUCUAAGAGAGAAGACGCUUCUCCCGUCUCCGAGACACGGGGCAAGAAGUUCAUCGAGUCUGAUGCCGGUGAUGGAACCACCAGAGAAGAACAAUAUUUGACAGGAAUGAAGUUGGCGCUUUGUAUUGUUUCCAUUUUCUUUUGCAUGUUCUUGUUUGCGUUGGACCAGACCAUCGUUGCUACCUUGUUGACAGAAGUUGGUAACAAGUUCAAUGCCUUCGACAAAAUCGGCUGGCUCACUUCAGGAUUCCUUAUAUCCAUGGCUGCGCUUGUGGCAGUUUGGGGUAAGCUUUCCAUCAUCUUUGGAAGAAAGCUGACGAUGAUAGUUGCAAUUAUACUUUUUGAGGCGGGCUCCUUGAUGUGUGCUUUGGCAAACAAUAUGGAUGUGCUAAUUGGCGGAAGAGUGUUGGCUGGUGUUGGUGGAGGUGGCAUUCAGUCUUUAUCUUUCAUUAUAGUCACAGAAAUCUUGCCCAUCAACAAGAGACCUUUAGGAAUGGCCCUUUUGGGCUGUGUUUUUGCGAUGGCCUCUGUCUUGGGCCCUCUUAUUGGCGGCGCGUUCACAUCCCAUGUUUCCUGGAGAUGGUGUUUUUAUAUCAACUUGCCAAUUGGUGGUGUGGCAGGAGCCCUCUUUAUCUACGGGUUCAACCCACCAAAAACAAAGGGAAACUGGAAGGAUAAGAUAAUGAUGAUUGACUACGUAGGUGUGGUGCUCAUGACGGCUGCUUUUGUUGUUUUCCUCAUGGCGCUCACUUUGGCUUCUGGAAACGACUUCAGUUGGAAUUCUGGCGGUGUGAUUGCUUGCUUUGUCGUCGGAGGAGUCACGUUCAUUGUGUUUUGUAUUUGGAACUACAGAUUUACUGAACAUCCUCUUCUUCCAUGGGAGGUUGUCAAAGUACCGCAAGUUUCUGCCGCUGGAGCUGUAAUGUUCGGUACGUUUGCCUUGUUCAUGGGCGCAGUGCUUUACAUCUCCAUAUACUUCCAAGUCGUGCACAAUGCCAGUGCUUGGAAGUCUGGUGUUCACCUUUUGCCCAUGAUUAUCGGUACUGUGAUUGCCUCCAUCGCCACGGGUAUACUCAUCAAAAAGACCCAUUUCAUCAAGCCUUUCUCGAUUGCAGGCGCUGCUCUUUGCAUGAUUGGAUGCGGAAUCAUUACGCUUUUGGAUGUCGACUCUUCGAAUUCAAAAAAGAUCGGUCUUCUCAUUCCUAUUGGUGUGGGUGUUGGUCUUCAGAUACAAUCAUCCAUCAUGUGUGCACAGGUGGCAGCCCCAAAGUCACCUGGAGCGACAAUUUUUGCCACUACGGUGGUCAACGUCAGCAGAACUUUUGGAGGUGCCUUAGCCGGCGCAUUGGCAGAUGCUGUCUACAGUGCAUCAUUAACAAACCACAUGGACAAAACUUUGCACAAGCAGAGUCUGGAUAUCGUUCACGAGCUUGAGGGAAAGAAUUUGGAGUCUUUAAUCACAUCCACAAAACUCAUUGAUGAACUUACUCCUGCUGCUCGUGCAUAUGUCAAGAAAGAGGUUAUGCACGCUAUCAGAAAUACAUUUUGGAUGGCUCUCGGGUUUUCAGCAAUUGCUAUGAUUUUCUCGCUACUCCAGACUAACCAUCGCUUGCCGGAAGAUGUGAUGGAAUCACCAAGGGAAGAUAACAAGGAAAAGGAUGCUUCAGAAGCUAGCGAAGACACCACAAAGGAGCAAUCCGAUAACGGAAGUGCUAAUGAGCGUGCUUCACUCGAGAACGAUGUGAGAGGUACUUAA